CUCGCUGGGACCUUAACCCAACAUGAGAUUUCUAUGACACCGUUUUGUCUGCAUCUCCAUGAGCAGUCAGAGUGUCAAAAAACAGUCUCCUGGUCUAAACUGCUUGGGUGGACUGAUCUGACCGUGUUAAGAGCCUUUGAGAGCAAACUUCUCAAGCACGUCUACGGGCAGUGGGAUCAUCAGAAACUUGUGAGCGACCUGACUUUAUCAUGGAACCUGGGAACCUUGGUGCUGAGGACAAAGAGACAUUAAGCUGGGAUAUUAAUGAUAUGAAGCUGCCACAGAAUGUGAAAAAGACGGACUGGUUCCAGGAGUGGCCGGACGCCUACGAGAAGCACAUCUACAGCUCGGAGGACAGGAGCGCGCAGCGGCACCUGAGCAGCUGGGCCAUGCGCAACACCAACAACCACAACUCGCGCAUCCUCAAGAAGUCCUGCCUCGGCGUGGUGGUGUGCAGCCGCGACUGCUCGGCCGCCGAGGGCCGCAAGGUCUACCUGAGGCCUGCCAUCUGCGACAAAGCCCGGCAGAAGCAGCAGAGGAAGCGCUGUCCAAACUGCGACGGUCCCCUGAAGCUCAUUCCCUGCCGGGGCCAUGGGGGCUUUCCCGUCACCAACUUCUGGAGGCACGAUGGACGCUUCAUCUUUUUCCAGUCAAAGGGAGAGCAUGAUCAUCCGAAGCCAGAGACCAAACUGGAAGCCGAGGCCAGAAGAGCAGUGAAGAAAACGCCCGCAGCAUCUUCCUCCGUCUGCUCCAAGCUGAAGCAGAGCCCGCAGAUAAAGCCUCUUCCAGGUGAAACGCCAAGCUGGGAAAGUUUAACUUGGUCCUUGCAGGAAGGCGUCCAGUUGCCUGACAGUUACAGCGCACAUUUAUUAGGUCAUGCUCCCCAGCAGAAGGCGCCCAACGACGGCGCAUCCUUCUCCAGGAGUUACGGUUUGGGGGGAGUCGCUGACCCAGCAGACCCCACUUCCACCGUGGACCCCCUUCAGCUCCACGAGAAAUGCAGUUUGUCCGACAGUCGGGUCUCCAGCAGCGAAGACCUGCUUCAGCCCUCCGUCUCUGGGGUCUUUGGUUACAGUGAUCUGCAAACGUGGAACAAGAAUAUGGCCUUGGGGAGGAAUCCUCUGAAUGACAGUGGUGGUCCCAAUUACUUUUUUCCUCUGACCAGCUGGCCUUAUGACUGCCCCUCUUCCCAGAACACUUCAGAACCCUUUUUCCAGCAGAUCCCAUUGGAACCACCAGCAGCCAAAAUGAGCUGCCACUCACUCUGGCCAAAUCAAGAGGGUGAUCUUUAUGAAGAGAAGGUGCGUGUGGAUUUUAACAACUACUGCUCUCCCCCGACGUGCUAUUCACCUCAGGAAGACCCCUUUCUCCUCCCCUACACCUCUCAGCCUCAUCAAUAUUCUCUGCCCAGCAAGAGCAACAAAUGGGAUUUUGACGAAGAGAUGAGGUACCUGGGUUUGGAUCAUUGCAACAAUGAAAUGCUUCUAAACCUCUGUCCUUUAAGAUGAUCCAAGUCUGAAUGCUUGUGCACUGCUGGGGGAGAUGUAAUUUGGUACAGCCACUGUGGAAAACAGAAUGGAGAUUUCUCAAGAAAUUAAAAGUAGUGCCAUCAGAUCCCGCAGUCCCAUGUCUAGGUAUACAUCUGAAGGAAUGGGAGUGCUACCCCAAAGACAGAUCUCGCAUGUUCAUUGCAGCAUUAUUUUCAGAAGCCAAGGCAUGGAAACAACCUAAGUGUCCAUUGACAAAUGAAUGGGAUGAAGAAAAUACGGUUCAAUGGAACACUAUUGAGCCAUAAAAAAGAAAAAAAAUCAUGUCAUUUGCAACAACAUGGAUGGACCUUGAGGGUAUUAUGCUCAGUGAAAUAAAUCAGAGAGAGAAAGACAAUUACUGUAUGACCUCACUUACACGCGGAAUAUUAAAAAAAAUUCACAGAAAUAGAGAUCAGAUUUGUGGUUGCCAGAGGCAGAAGGUGAUGGGUGGGAGAACUGAGUAAAAGUCAUCAAAAGGUAGAAACUUCCAGUUUUAAGGUAAAUAAGUUCUGCAGGUAUGAUGCACAGCAUAGCAACUACAGCUCAUACUGUGGGUAUCUCUGAAAGCUGCGAAGAGAAUAGAUCUUAAAGGUGCGCAUCACAAGGGAAAAAGUUGUAACUGUGCAGUGGUGGACAUUCACUAAACUUACUGUGAUAAACGUUUUGCAGUGUAUACAUCAAUCCAGUCAUUAUGUUGUACCCCUUAAACCUAUACAAUGUUGUAUAUCAAUUAUAGCUUAAUAAAAAUAUAUCUCAAUAAAA